GACAACUACCAGGAUGUUGCUGUUGCUUAAUAACAUAUUUAUUUGAAAUGUUGAGCUUCUGUAAAUGGGAAACAGAUGUGAAGGACUCAUUUUAUGUUGUGCAUCUAUGAUUUCAGCAUACAGAUUGGGACAGGCAUCGAUGAAAGCAGGAUCGCACAGUUAAUUAAAUGUGGGGUUCAGCUGAUUCUUACACAAGCAGGCCAUCACUGGAUUCCGACGUGUCCCUGGAGGAGGAUAGGGAGGUGGCCCGGCGAGAGGCCGAGCGCCAGGCAUUGCUCCAACUCGAAAGGGCCAAGACCAAACCGGUAGCCUUCGCUGUCCGAACAAAUGUCAGCUACUGCGGAGCACUGGAUGAAGACUGCCCGGUACAGGGUGCUGCGAUCAAUUUUGAAGCCAAAGACUUUCUGCACAUUAAAGAGAAAUAUAAUAAUGACUGGUGGAUCGGACGCCUAGUAAAAGAAGGGAGUGACAUCGCCUUCAUCCCGAGCCCAUUCCGACUAGAAGCCAUGAGACUGAAGCAAGAACAAAAAGCCAGGAGAGUUGGAGGGAACUCACCUUCUAGCCUCGGUGACAUGGUCUCUGGUGGCCGGCGAUCCACUCCCCCUUCAUCAGCGGCUAAGCAAAAGCAAAAACAGACUGAACAUGUUCCACCCUAUGAUGUUGUCCCCUCUAUGAGGCCAGUGGUGCUGGUGGGACCUUCUUUGAAAGGAUAUGAGGUCACAGAUAUGAUGCAGAAGGCUCUUUUCGACUUCCUAAAGCACAGGUUUGAUGGCAGGAUAUCCAUUACAAGAGUGACAGCUGAUCUUUCUCUUGCCAAGAGAUCCCUUCUCAACAAUCCUGGCAAGCAAGCCAUAAUCCAGCGCCCAACUGCACGAUCCAGCAUAGCGGAGGUUCAGAGUGAGAUUGAAAGGAUUUUUGAACUGUCAAAGACUUUGCAGCUUGUGAUCCUGGAUGCUGACACUAUUAACCAUCCGGCUCAACUAUCUAAAACAUCCUUGGCACCCAUCAUUGUGUAUGUCAAGGUGUCAUCACCGAAGGUGCUGCAAAGGCUGAUCAAGUCUCGAGGAAAGUCCCAGAGUAAACAUCUCAACGUGCAGAUGAUGGCGGCUGAUAAGCUCAUACAAUGCCCACCGGAAAUGUUUGAUAUCAUUCUGGAUGAAAACCAGCUGGAAGAUGCAUGUGAACAUCUUGCAGAGUACCUGGAUGUGUACUGGCGAGCCACACACCACCCUCUCCAGCCCUCUGUUGGGCAAAACUUAAUGACUCCACCAUCUGUGAUUCCUGGUAUACAGAAUCAGCAGCUAAUGAGAGGAGAUAGGCCUGGUGAAAAUUCUUCUAUUGAGCAAGAUAGUCUCAUGCACUCAGAUGAAGCUAGUGAGACCUCACAGAAAACAUGGCACGUCACCUCUUCUCAGCGCAGCUCCCGUCACCUGGAGGAGGAGUAUUCAGAUGCCUAUCAAGAUCUCUAUAAUCCACAUCGGAACCACACCAGUGGCCUGCACAACAGUAAUGGGCAUGAUUCUCAGGACCGACUAUUGGAGCAUGACACAGAGCAGAAUCACAAUGAAAGGAACCGACAACGGAACAGACCAUGGCCCAGGGACAGCUACUGAGUGAUGAGGUUUGAGAGUAAUAAAAAAGACCUGCUGAAUGGAGACAACAGUGUUAUUCCCCUAGUCACGUGGAAGAUUAACAGUUCUGACCUAGUAUGGGUUACAGUGGUACAGUAAUCGGGAAACUAAGAAUGUUGUUGUUUGGAUAUCCAAAAGAGCAAAUCAUAAAAUGAAGGGACACUGUGCACUGAGAUCCAAGAGACAAUGGUCUUACCUGCUAACCUGCAAAUUAAAUGGCACAAAAUUAGCUUUCUUGAUUUAUACAAGGAUUCUGUCACUGCACUUUGUUCUUGUGGAGCAAUGUUGUCAUGAAGUUUUAGAAGCAGAACUUUUACUGAAUUCCAGCCACGGAUCUCCUAAAUUAUAAGGAUUGUAUGGUGUCAUACUGCCUAAUAGCAUUUAUAUAUCUCUGGCAAAACAAUGCCACAACCAUAGUGUGAUUUAGCUGUUUGAUCACAACAGUCUUUAACACCCAGCCUUUUACAGCUGUGUACUUGCAGCCUAUGCACUCAUGCCAUUCAGACAAAGACUGAAAGCUACACUCAGAUGGAAUUUCCUAGCUCCAUAAAAAGACUGUAUCACUUCUGGGAUGAGAACAAAAAUGUUUAAAAAAAAGGUCUGUAUUUUACUGCCAAACUCUGGCAUGUGAUAAGGGACAUGGCUUAUCAUUUCAGGGAUCCAAGGCACUGAGCUGAUGAGCUAUUCAUUUUACACAAAUUAUGCACAAUUAUUAAUUGAAAAUCCUGCCUGGCAAAAUAGUUUAUUACCAUGAUUAUUUUUUCUAUAUUUUUUGUUCCCUAGUGCCCUUCUUCUUGACCAUUAGCUGCAUAGCUUUUCUUUCAUGGCUCCAACAUUAUCUCUGCACCACCUGUUAGGAGGAAAGGGGUCUGGGAAACCCUGUUUACUACCAGUAUUACCCUCUCCCCAUCUGAGACCAUUGUUGGUGGUUUAAAAAGAGGCACAAAGUAGAAACAUAGCCAGCAGCAUCAUUUACAUUGAUUGGUAUCUCAGGGUUUUUCCUAAGCCCUGGCACCCAUUGCGCUGAUAUUCUCACACUUUAGGCUGGCAUCCAUUGCACUGAUAUUCUCACACUUUAGGCUGGGCAGACAAUGAGGUCUGGCCUGUUAGGAUACACCUGCCCUUGGGCCUAGGGCAGCACUCCUCCUUAACCAUCCCACACACCCAGCAUAGUGAUCCCUCUAAGCCCUGGUCUCCACUAGGACUCAAUGAAAGAUCCACCUUCACCAGCAUGUUUCCCCUCCCAAAAAAAAUGCACUCCCACCCUCUCUACCAGCACUAUCAGACACCUGAGUUGCUAAUCAUUUCUGGGUCACUGGUGUCAUGGUGUCAUGGCUUUAUCCCUCUAUGCCACCAAAGAUGGCUCAUUCCAAGGAAGCUGCUCCCUCUGACCUCCAGAUAUGUAGACAAGAAAAGGAUUCAAGUUUAAAAAGCAAUUUGGUUGAAAUGUGCUGUGGUCACAGCCAUGAUUACGUAUGGUGCUAGGGAGUUUUUUCUGUGAAAUGAUUCUUACCUAUAGCCCAUCCACUUUCCAAGCACACGUGCUAUAUAUGACUGUUGCAAGAGCUGCUACAGUAUUAUAUGGUAAUGCAUCUUUUAUUGACUCUGAAUCACAGAGCUAUGCUGCAAAGUGGAAAUUUAUUGAUGUGAAAUGAAAUGGAUUCUUGCUUAUCGCACAUUUACACAUUAAAGUAUAUCUUUGCUGUCUAUCUGUGCACCUUUAUUGCAUUUGCACAUUAAAGUGUGCACUUGUACCCUUUAUGGGUUGUGACAUUUUGAAACUGCUGUGCUUACUGUUGUGUACAAUGCCCGUACAUAUUAUAGUGCCUGUGUCAGUGAAAGUGGCAUACUUUCUGUUUCUGCAAAAACCCUGUGCAGCAUUCAUGGUUACCUCCCAGCGUGCCAUCAGCAGUGCUUCUUCAAACAGGCCUGUAUCAAAUCUGUUUAAAGCAGUUCUUCUCUACAGACUUUACAGGAGCCAUAAUCAGAUUUUAGGGUGCUGUAAACUCAGAGCAAGAAUGGUUCCUUGUUGUGCUGUUUGACACAGCUAUGUUCAGUGCACCUGGUAUGAGACGUACAGCAGGUCACUGACCCUUGAUGUCCAGUAUGAUAUUUAUAAAUUCCAGUACUGCUGGUCAGAGUGGGAUUUGCAGCUCGCUGGAGCAGUCAGUUUUUGUGUGGCACAUAAUUGUGUUAGGUGUUAUGCAAUGAAAUUUUGUCUGGUAUGUUAUGAAAUGAAGCAUUUGUGAUGAACAUCAAAAUAGCCACAAUAUGCUCUUGCAUCCCAAAGAUGGAUGUGCAAAGGCAAGAUUUGUAGGAGUUUGCAUCACAGAAUGAGGGUGACACUUCAUUUAACAUGGUUAAUGACAUCAGUUGUCAGGCUUGUAUGGGGGUGCAGACAAACCUAAAGAAGGAUUACACUGAAAAAAAACACACAAAUGUGGUACCAAUGAUGAAAAGCAAAACCGAAUAUUUUUAUAUAACAUUUAAACACAGAACGGUUUUAAGUCUUAUUAAACAGAACACCUGGCUACUGUGUCAUUAAAGUACAAUGGAGAAGAAUGUUUACACACACAAACAUGCACAAUCUAUCCUCUUCACUUACUGUUAGUAAAAAACAUGUAUCAUGCACUCCUUUUACAUCUUGUGCAAGGACACAAAUAGUGUGCCCAUAACCUCCUCAAAACACACCUACACAGAACUGUUAAUGUUACAUGUAACUUUCUAAUCUUUGUUCUUGGGGUAGGAUUACCACCGGUCCCUCUUUAUGCUGGGUAGUCCCUAUUUGGGCAGUCGUGCCGUGCCAUAAAACCUGAAAAAUGACAAAUGUCCUGAAAUUUUAGGGACAAGAAAUCUUUCCUAUUUUUCCAAUAAUAGUUUAAUGAAGGAUUUAUUUUGUACCUAAAACAACAUAUUAUUAUAUGAAACAACAGAAAUAACUCAAAGUUUAAAAGAAUGAGUUUUUAUUCUGUCAGAAAAAUUAAUUCCAGUUCUUUACACUAGUUGGAGGUAUGGUUUGUCCUGCAAAAUCUCAUGGUUCCAUAAAAAAUGGACCACUUCAGACAUCUGAGAAGGUGAAAACCUUCUUUUGGGCAGGUGAAAUUUUUGCUAAGUAUCCUGUUGAUAAUGUUGUUAUAAAAUGUUCUGACUCCAUUUUAGGCAAGGAUUGCAGAGAUGCAUGUCUGACUGUACUCACUGUUAUGGAUGUAACAUAUAGUGAGUUCUGUGCUGGACAGAAGGACAGAUGCAAUAAUGGCUUAACUUUCUAUGGAGUAAAAACUAAUCUUGGUGCUGGUACUUAUAGUACUUAUGGACCUCAUAAUGGCAGAAUGAGAAUGGAUAAGUUUCUGACAUGAGCUUCAGCACUGUAUCCCAAACUGGAGAGAUUACAGGCAUGAUUCAUAGUUGCAUUACUGCUGUGGAAUAUAUAUGAAACACACUUUUAUUUAACUUUUCCUGCUGCAGAGUAUAUUGGUACAAAACUCACAAUCUUUCCUGCUACUAGGAAGAUAAACACAACAUAUCCGCCAUAACAAGAUGUAAAUGUCUGUUGUCUCACUAUUAUCUCACUCCUACUUAGUGGACACAUACCAGAUUCCUGAAUAGGGAGAUGAAAAAUAGUAGGCCCAAAAAGAGGGUAGGCUAUGCAGCACAUCCUUAUCUCAGUGACAGCAUAACACCAGUCAUUAAGUCCUAAAGAUGUCGGGGGAGCCACAUCUGAUUCUUGUUGAAGCAUGGGCAUUUGCACAAAAAUGAUGCCUGGUCUACAGUACAAGGCAAAUAAUGAGAUUGUACACAACUUAACUUGUAUAAGUUUGAAGAAAGAUGGCAGGGGGGACACACUAAAACAUUAAGUAUAAAAGGUCAAAUAAAGAAAGAUUAUGAGUGUUCAAGGCAUAUACUCUUGUACUGGAUGGGAGAAAGGGAAAAUGAUAAAGACGAUCUUUCAAAAGUGAAGGUAUAAGAACAGGAAAGUCAGUUUUAAGAUACAGACUGGAUUGCUUGGGGGAAAUAUUAGACAAAGAUGUAAUGUUGACCAUGCUGAGGACUGCUAUAGUAUAGUCUGAUCUUACUGUGGACCUUGGUAUUACCCAGAAGAUGGAUUUAAAAUCCCCCCAUCACUGAAAUGCAUUGAAGUUGCUCAAAAGGGAUGGCAAUUGAGUCACAUUACCUUGUUAAUCUCUAGACCUAUAUUCCGCUGUCUAUGUAAACAAAGGGCAAAUGCUGUAAACCCUUUGUUUGUUUUAGGUCUAUAAUGCUGUCAUAAGUUCUGUGGCACAUAUGAACCCAUGUCCAAUACAUAUCCAUACAUAAAACUGAAAGUACCUGCAUUCAUGGAUUGAUAAUACAUUAUAUAUAAUUCAAUGGAUAUACAACUUGCGUUCAAGUUCCCUUUGCUUAUGACAUUAUAAUUAUGUUAGGCACAUAACUGCAACACUAAAUCUUAAUGAUUAUCCCAUAUAUCAGAUAAUACAAAGAGAUCAUCCAUGUGUUAAUGGAAAGUUUCCAACAAUUUCGUAUUGAUGAAUUUCAUCAUCAACACUAUAACGCAACAUAUGCUGAGUAAAAUACUGGGGGAUUCUAGUCUCCUCAGUUCUUCCUUACAGAGGCGUAGAAAAGAAUUUACAAUAAUAUCAGGACAACAAAGACCUUACAGUAAAGUCUACUAUCAGCCUGAAGGAAACCACAAAUUAAAUUUGAUUAAUUCCUUCAAUCUCCACAUGCAUAAUCUUUAACUGCAAACAAACCAGUCAGUGCUCAGUGACUGCUUAUUAAAAGAGGUAGUAGUACAUAGAGGGAUAGCUCACUUAACAAAUAAAAAAUUGUAUAUUUCCUUACAAGUGGAAAUUGUGAGGAGGUAGAAGACUUAAUAACUGAGAUAUUAUCAAAGAUGUAGUGGUAGAAAAGCUACUAGAGUAGCCACCAUAAGUUUUUGUGGUCAGGCCCAGUCAGCAGGUAAUACAAAGUGAAUGGUUAAUAUAAUACUAUGUAGUAGUGUGUUAUGAGAUGAUGGUAAACCCAACAAGAAAAGUGGAAAUUCUUGUCAUACACACAAGUCUGAGCUACUUGCAUAGGAAGAGAAUGGACUACAUAAAAAAUAGCAACACUUCUGGAGAUAAGAUCUCACAGACUAUCCCUAUGAAAAGCUGCUCUGGAUAUGAUGAGCACAUCUGACACAUGGUAAACAUGUGAAACUCUAAAUCAUGAGUCUGCCUUACAUAUAUUUUAUAUAGAAACAUUUGACAAAAAAUGGUGAUACUUCUUUUUCUGGGCUGCCUCAGGAUGUGUGUUCCCACCCCAAGCAGCCACAGCACGCAUGUUCUCAGAGCUGUAGCUGGCUCAUGUAGUGCCCUGUGCCAGUCCCUCAGAAUUGUGUCCCACCCUCUAAGCUCUUCAAGUGAUGAGCCAGAAAAACAAACACUGACGUCAAGUGCCUUUCUGUACUGGCAGUUCAGAACAGAAACAAAUGUAUGCACUAUGCAAGACUCAAAGUUCUUGAGCCUAACUCUUUCUGUCUGGGGGAAUUGCCCCACUCUUGCUAAGUUACAGCAUGCCCCAUCUACCAACCCAAAUCCCAUGCACUGCCUCUUCAUCUAGGAACAAUUCCUGUUUAGGCGUUGAGUGAUGGGAUGCAGAUGCUUUCAAGCAUGCUGAGCAUACAGUGUUAGUUUACUUGUUCUAUACUAGGCAAAGGAAACAAAAGCUGCUUGAGCUAUUGAAUACCUCCAGAACAAGUUUUGCUCUGUUUAUUACAUGUAUCCAAACUGUUGAGCAGUACGUUUCUGGAUUAGUGUACUCUAGAAAAUAAAUAGGUAAUAAUUAGCAUAUUUCUGCAUAAACUUGGGCAUCAGUGGGUGUGACUAUAAGGCUGGCAUGAGGGAUCUAUCAAGCUAUAAAUGAUUUAAAUGAGGACAAAGACUGCUGCUUCAAAAUAGCCUUUAACACCCAGGGUAGGACUAAAACUGUAGUAUUUACUGAUUUCUGUUCACUGGGUGAACCAGUUACACAAGAAUCUGCAGAUUUCUGGUGCAAACCUGGUAAAAGUAAUAACUACUUAAAAAAAAGUGGUUUGAAAUAAGUAAAAAAUAAAACUGAGGAUUAACAAAAGAGAUUAAAGAUAGAAGCACAACUAAAUACAUCUUACUUACAAAGCACAACUAAUAAUAUAUAAUGAAUGGAAUGUGUUGCAAGAGCACAGGAGGAUAAACAAAACAGGAUGACGGAAAAAGCACAAUGGCUAAAUCUGAUAUACAAAGCACACUGAUAACUUAUAGCUGGCAGUCAAACUGUAUAGCAAGAGUACAAGGUAGGUAACUGAAGGCAAUUAUAUCUUAGUCAAGACAAAUUUCAUGUCAGAAGAUGUAGCUUCAAGUUCAAAAUGACUCCUAAAUAAAAUCUGCAGUGCACCCAGUUAGGCUAACACUUUUCCUGAAGUGACUCUUAAAAGGCAGAAAUGUAUGAAACACAAGCAUUGAUAGCUAAAUACUUCAGAUCUGACUUCUAAGUAUGGGGAAAUAUUGCAGGACAAAUCCCAUAUUGUAAAGAAGAGAUGGGAGUUUAUUACAAGUCUGAAGCCCAAAAGAAACACACUUCCAUUUCACUGAGUACCUUAACUCUGGUGAUAGGGGUCUGUGCUGAGAAAAUAUUUGAGUAAUGAUCUGUGGCCUUAUAUCCUGGGCAAUGCCAAUGCAUUCAGAAAAAUAAUCAUGCAUCUUGAAAGCUUUUAUGUUCAUUCAACCCCUUGUCUUGAAUGAACAAGUUCUAUAAGAAAUUGUUGAACACAACAAACUAAUGAGCCCCGGGGAAAGGAAAUCCAAAUCUAUCUGAGACACAAGGAAGUCAUCCAAAUUGCCUUGACCUUCUACCUCAUACCCAAGGAAUAAAUAUUUAUCUGAAUUAGAAUAAAUGGAGAAUACAUAAACAUUCUUCCAUUUCUAGGAAACUGACAUUGUUUUAGCCAAGCUUUUGUACAGGGGUAACUGAGCAAAAAUUCUGAAGUCUGGACUUUUCCACAGCAGUGGACAAGUCUGAUUGUAAAGUUUCCCCUGACACGUUUCAUGUUAAAAGGACAUAACUGUUUCCCACUGCUUAAUUUCAAUCAUUGCCUCUUAAUGAAGUAUAUAAGACUGACUUCCCACCAAUUUGUUUAGAAAAAACAGUGGUAAUGUGGCUUGUUCUGAUCAGGAUGUUUGUAACAAAGGUAUUGCUGAAAAUGAAAAGCUUGUAGCACAUUUGACAUUACUUACAUAUAAAGCCCACUAGUACGCAAAGAGGUUUCCUUUGUACUUAAGGGAACCUUGGUACUAUAGACAACUAGGGUCCCUAACUCUCCAACCUCCAACAAAGCAUUAAUGAUUGCAGAGAAGUGUUAAAACCGUUCCUCUGUUAAAAAAAAAAAAAUAGCACAAGAAUUCUGGACAAAGCCAAAAAUAAUAGGA